AUGGCCUCAACUCCCGCCCUAGACCACAUCCCCACCGAGAUCAGUGAACGAAUAUCCGAGCACCUAGAUCUAGCAGACCUCCUGUCCCUCCGCCUGACAUCUCGACGUGUGCGCAGCGCCGCCUCGCAGAAGAGUUUCAUAAAGCACUUCGAAAGGAAAAUCAAGUCUUUCAGCAACACUUCAUCCUUGCAACGCCUCAGUGCCAGCCUUACUCAGAGCGGGCACGCCCGUAAGCUACAACACCUCGAUUUCCGCCUCACUGAGGAUGAGCCCAUGAAUCCCACCGACCUGGCCACUAUCGCCAUCGAACAAGCCGUCACCGCUCUCCUCUGUACGCUUCGAAAGCAUUUGGCUGAAGGGUGCUUGCAGCGGUUGUCGAUUCGCUUACAGGAUACCGGCGAGCUGCGGGACUGGGAACGAGCGUGGGAGGUAGUCGCUGGGGGGGUGGAAGGUGCUGAUGCGCUCGCUUGCUGUGAGUGGGUUGGGUAUUGA